CUAUUAACGAGUUGCGCUUGUAGGGAGAGCUUUUAGCAUUAUGGUUUACGCAAAUUUCGUCUCUACUCCAUGAAAUUUUGAGUAUAAGUUUUUGUUGCCUUGAAUAAUAUGAUUGUAUGUAGUGAUUACAUGUAGUGCCUUUUGCUUAAAUUGACUUUCACUAGAUUGAUCACGAUUGCAUGAUUAAGGCAGAAGGCAUACUGAAGUACAGCCAUGGAGACUCAAUCCAAUGCUUGGCCUACAACCCCGUCACUCAGCAGGCGGGUUUCAUAUUUGCACCUGCUCUACAGCAUUCGAUGCCUCAACUGGCAGCACAUAAUUAUCUCAUUGUGAAUCCGUGGCAAUUGUCGUAGCCUUCAUCUUUAGGUUAUGGAUAGCUCACGGGCAUUGGAUUAUAGCUUGCGAGUGGAACCGCAACCGACUUCGGAAUAUGGUCUCCGGAACAGAAAUCUGUUUCGAAACACAAGGCUCCUUCCAAGGUGUUAUGCGCCGCAUGGACUGCAGAUGGACAACAUCUUGCAUUGGGAAUGUAUCAUGGCCUCAUCUCCAUUUGCGAUAAAUGUGGCGUUGAGCAGGUGGUGGUACAAAGACCAGGACCCGUGUGGACGUUGCAGUGGAAUACAUUGCAGAACAAGACAUCAGACACGCUUGCUGUUGGAUGCUGGGACAGUACCCUUUCGUUCUACGAUUUAUCAGGCAAGCAGAUUGGGAAGGACAAGAAUAUUGGUUUUGAUCCAUGCAGUGUCAUAUACCACGAUAGUAAAUACCUUUGCCUCGGUGGCUCAGACAAAAAGGUGUUGCUUUACUCAAAAGAUGGGGUGAAGCUUACUACAAUGUGUGAAACUAGCGACUGGAUAUGGACGAUAAGAUCACGGCCCAAGCAUGACUACGUGGCAGUAGGAUGCAACGAUGGCAGUAUCUCUAUGCUUCAGCUAUUGUUCUCAACUGUGCAUGGAUUAUAUCUGGAGCGCUACGCAUUCCGGGAUGCCAUGACUGAUGUCGUCAUCCAGCACCUUAUCACUGAAGAAAAAGUAAGGAUUCGGUGCCGGGACUACAUCAAGAAAAUAGCAGUUUACAUGGAGCGUGUGGCAGUACAACUUUCCAACCGCAUUAUCGUAUACGAGUUGAACAAGGAUGUUGCUGGAGCUAGAGCCGCUCAAUAUCGUGUCUGUGCCCGCAUUAAUCGCUCUAUGGAGUGCAACCUCUUAGUCCUUACCUCAGAGCAUAUCACGUUGUGCCAGGAGACGAAGUUGCAGCUGUUCUCGCUAGAUGGAAUCAAAAAGAGGGAAUGGCUUUUAGAAUCAAUCAUAAGAUAUAUUAAGGUUUGUGGUGGUCCUCGUGGAGGCGAGGGACUGCUAAUUGGAAUGAAAAAUGGGUUGGUUGUGAAAUUGUGGAUCAAUAGUAACUUCCCCAUUCGACUCUACAAGCACACGAAUGGCAUACGUUGCCUCGAUCUCUCAUCUCGUCGUGUUCGCCUCGCCAUUGUUGACGAAGCCGCCAACGUGCUGGUGUAUGAUAUUGAGACAAAAGAAAUCAGUUUCGAGGAGAAGAGUGCGAGUUCCGUUGCUUGGAAUACAAACAUGGAAGAUAUGCUUUGUUAUUCAGGAACCGGCAUGCUGAACAUCAAGACAGCUGACUUUCCUGUGCACCGACAGAAGCUUCAAGGCUAUGUUGUUGGCUUCCAAGGCUCCAAGAUUUUCUGCUUAAACCAUCUCUCCAUGCAGACAAUUGAAGUUCCACAGUCUACAAGCAUGUGUCACUAUGUGGAGAAACGGCAAUAUGGAGAUGCUUACAAGGUAGCAUGUCUUGGAGUAACCGAGGCAGAUUGGCGCAUGCUAGCUCUUGCGGCGCUGAAAGGGCAAGCCUGGGAUGUCGCAAAGAAGGGGUUCAUCCGAUUGCGGGACGUUUGCUACUUAGAUCUCAUACACAGACUCGAAAAAGGCCAUUGUUCGCACGUCCAGAAGUCGACAUUCGGCGCCCUUGUUCUCGCAUACCAGGGUAGAUUCAAAGAGGCGGCAGAUGCGUACAUUGAAGCAGGCCAGAUGGGUAUGGCCAUGGAGAUGUACUCUGAUCUCCGCAUGUUUGAAGAAGCCAAGGCGCUUGCAGUAGCUGAAAACGAGUUACGGUCCGAGGUGACUGAUACUGUCACCACCACUUCUAUCAAAAGAGAAGCGGACGUGCAGGAAAUUAUUCAACGGCAAGCUGAAUGGACGGAAGAAACAAAAGAUCAUGAAACUGCUGCUGAUAUGUACCUCGUUGCUGGCCAACCAGAGAAGGCCCUCUCUCUUCUGGUGGAGCACGGCCCAGCUUCCAAACUCAUCGAGGUGGCAAGACGUCUAAAGAAGACCCAGGUGAAGGAGUUGAUGCACUGUGCAGUGCUAAUGAGGCGUGGGGGGCACUAUGCACAUGCCUUUGAGACAUACACUAGGCUUGGUGAUUUUAGGUCUAUUCUCUCUUUGCAUGUGGAGUUGGAGCAAUGGGAUGAUGCGUUUGCCAUCAAGAGGUUGCAUCCUGAAAUCGUAGAUGAAGUUGCGCUUCCAUAUGCACAGUGGUUGAUUAAUCAUGACCGCUUUGAUCAUGCUCGGCUGGCGUAUUCUCAUGCUGGCCGAUCAGAUUUAUCGGAGCGCUUACUUACACAAUUAAUGGAUAAUGCAUUGAAGGAGAAGAGGUUCAAGGAUGGAGCACGUCUAUGUAGAAAUUUGGCACUGGAAGUUUUGGCACAGGUAGCAGUGUUUGCAAAAGCAAACGAUGCAGGUAUGGAAAAGUUAAAGUUCGAAGAAUUUUGUGAGCUGAGGUUGCGUGCGGACAUCUUUUAUGCAUACUCCUUCAUAUAUCAGUCGAUUAACGAGCCUUUUCGUACAUCGCUGCCUGAAACCUUGUUCAACAUUUCUCGCUUCCUGUUGGCAAGAAUACCACAAGAUCCACCACGUCCAGUGUCUCUUGUCAACAUAUUGGUUACACUCGCUAAGCACAGCGAGCAGCUUGGGUUGUAUAAGAUUUCAAGGCACACGUACGAAAGGUUGCAGAAAUACAAAGUUCCUCAAAGUUGGGUAGAUAAAGUGGAGGUCGCAACGCUGAUCAUGCGAGGCAAAGCACGGAGACCAGAUGAACCUAAAAUGGACUUGCCCACAUGCUAUGCUUGCUCCUCUCCCUUGCCCAUAGCAUCAUCCUCAACACAGGAUAUUUGCUGCAACUGUUCUCAACCAAUCUUCCGCUCUUCCAUAACGUAUGAUCAACUGCCGCUGGUGGAGUUCGUUCUGGACGAAGGCGUAUCACACGAGCAAGCAAUGCUGUUGAGUGGUGCCACCUCUGCGAGAAAUAACUCUCACUGCGUAGAGAAUCCUUUGGAACUGGGGCAGCAACGGGUGUCGUCGAAUAAAUCAACAAGGCCUGGGCUUGUCGUUGCCACCAAAGCCAUGCUCCGCAACCUCCAGGGCGCACUAGUACUGGUACAGACAUGUCCUGUCCAGUAUGAGAAACCGAGGUAUUUCUACGUUGUAGAUCCGACAUUGCCUGUGACACAAUGCAGCUCCUGCUACCAUUUCUUUGAGCAGGAGGAGAUGGACUUGGCGACUCUCGAGCAUGGUUCAUGUCCCUUCUGUGAAAUCCCACUCACUCCGCCUUCCCAUUCUUUGAUGCCCACGCUGGGAAACAAUCUUGUUGGGCAAUCAGAACAUGGGAAUCUGCUGCAGUUACUCCCCCUACCAAGCCCUGAGAACAGCUCAAAUCAAACCCCUGUCAACGGCCUGGAACCAAAGAAUUCUAAGUCCACAGACCAGCCACUGUUCUGCAUGACCAAGCAUUAG